GCCAAAAUUAGCACCAAAUCACAACACUCAUAUACAUAAUAUAUCUUUUUCUUAAUUUUUUGAUUUUACUUUACUAUAUUUCUCAUCAUCUGAGAUCUUCUUCUAUAUCUUGAGACAAAAAGCACAUCAUUUGUCGAACCCAAAAGAAGAAAGCGGUUGAUUGAUGAUACGAUCAAUCGAUUGAUCCAUUAGAGGCAAUCAAGAAACAUUCUUUGAAUAUCAAAGAGAGAGAGAGAUAGAUACAGAUAUAGAAAUAUAUAUAUAUAUAUAUAUAGAGAGAGAGAGAGAGAGAGAGAGAGAGAUGAUGGGAUGGAGACGAAGUUAACGAAGGAAGAAAAGAAAGAUGGCGAGGGGUGGGGGUGAGUGGGGGUAUAAUGGGAGAGGGAAAUGGUGUUCGUACAAGCGAACCACUCUCAUCGUAUGCUCAAUCAACAUUGGCGUUGCUCUCUAUGUUCUUCACUCUUUGUACACUUCGCUUUACAUCUAUUCUUAUAACGAUUCACAAAACGUUGUAAAGUACACCCCAGAUCAGAUUAGGAAAAUGGAAGAUUCAAUUCGAAUACGAAAAGCAUCCGAACCUGUAGAGCUAAUUAAAUUGGUAAAAGAAAUCAAGAAGGAAUUUUUAAGUGAACAAAGCCCCGUCAAAUUGCCGCAGCACUUGAAACAGAAGAUAACGGAUGAGAUCAUUGGAAGGCUGAGGGGCUUGAGAGCCGGUGCCAAUGUGAGCGAGCAGCGAGAAGCUGUUGAAAGCUGGCGCAAGGAAAAACUAAAAGAAGCAAAACAACUAACUCUUGGAAAGACCUUGAGCUCAACUGUUCCGCCAAAGGAAGCUGGGACGCUUGCAAGAGCUUUAGAGUCCGGUUGGAGUCAGCUGUCAAACGAAAUUGGUCUUUGGAUACCAGUUGAAAUCAAUAAUGAGGAACAUGAUGACAAACCGGAGGGUGCAACAGAUUUCGAUGAUGAAAUUUUAGCUGGAAGGCAACUUCCUCCUGAAUGCCACCCUGAACUUCAUACAGAUUAUGAUGGUGCUGCGGUCAGAUGGGGCCUUACCCACCGUAAAGAAAGUGCAUAUGACUGUUGUCAGGCUUGCUUGGAUCAUUCAAAACGUGCCAGACCAGGCGAAAAGAAAUGCAAUAUAUGGGUAUAUUGCCCAUCAGAGACAGGGUGCUAUUCCCCCGACAUUUAUGAGCACAAACAUAUGGAGUGCUGGCUCAAAUAUGCGGAAAAACCCAGAGUGAAUUUCAAAGACAAGUAUUCGGAAUCUUAUAGGAACUCCCACCCAAAUGUGCCCGUGAUUGUUCCAUGGGUCUCUGGUGUUGUUACUGCAUAAUUGGUUUCUGUCAACAAUUGACAGCGAACUUGAAGACGGUAGAGUUAGAAACUGUUAACUGUGUUGUGGAAACUUUACAAAUACUACCUACAUGAAGCCCCUCUGUAAUUGUAAUCUCUAGACUCGCCAUAUGCUCAUAUAUCAGUUGGGGCUUUCAACAUUUGUCUUUUUUGUUGUUUCACUCUUUUUGAUGUUGGUCGGAUUUUGUUGAUGAUUGAUUCAUUGUGGUGGGUUUGGUGCCGCUGCUUUGAAGUUGAAGUCCGGUGCUAAACUGAGAAAAAAGGGGCUUUAUAAUAGUCAGAUGUGCAAUUGUGCAAAUGCUUGUGCCCCAAGGAUGUAAUAUGAUAAAUUGUUUCAAUAUAUUAUUGGUAUUGUCAACUUAUAAGCA